AUGGUGUUAGGAAUGAUAAAUAAGAUUCAACAAUAUCUUGAUGCAAGCAUUAGGCAUAUCGUUGUUACUGUGGCUUCAUCUGGAAUUGUGUCAUUGUUACUGGUAGGAGGUCGUACUGCACAUUCAACAUUUUCCAUUCCGUUAGAUGUUUUGGAAAAUUCACUUUGUGGGUUUAGCAAACAAUCAUUACAAGCUGAGUUAUUUACAGAAACAAAACUCAUAAUUUGGGAUGAAGUUCCUAUGCAACAUAGACAUUGUGUUGAAGUGGUUUAUCGUAUAUUAAGGGAUAUUUAUGAUAGUGAAAAGCCAUUUGGGGGUAUUACUGUUGUUCUUGGUGGAGACUUUCGACAAAUCUUACCAGUUAUGUCCAAAGGAGUUCGUGGGCAAAUUAUGAAUGCAUCAUUAAGACAUUCUAUUCUAUGGAAGCAUAUACAUAUCUUAAAUUUGGAUUUCAAUAUGCAUUUGAAUCAUAAAGGCCAUGAAAAUGCUAAUUUUGCAAAUUUUUUGAUGGAGGUAUCAUUACUUUAA